AUGAAGAAGAAGUUUGCUUUCGUCCAGUGGAUAGGUGGCGAAUACGCCGAUACCUAUACCGCGGGUCGUAUUCAAUCAUUAGAGAACGAGAUCAAGAUAUUGGAGGGCGCUGUUUCCCCUUUACGUCCAGCCCCUGCUGAUGACACUUUGGAGCGUCCUGUUGGGAAGAAGCUGGAUGACGUGUACGACAACGUUGAAGAGCCUGAAGCAGUUGCGUCGACUUCAACUUCAGAUUCAACUCAAAAACGUAAGAGCGCAGAACAGGGCACGAUGGAAGCGACACUUGAAGCUGAGAAUCGGAGGAAGAAAAAACAUUCAGGCCAAGGGUCAGGUCAUGAAAUGGAACAGGACAGAAUUGAUGAGCUUUUAGCUGUGCAGCCUGAUGCCGGAGGUAUAAAUAUAGUGUUCGUUGACAAACACCAUCAGAUUUGA